AUGGCGGAUUGCAGCGACGAUCUGAGAGAUGAGCUCGAGAACCAGUAUUGUCCGCCAGUGGACUCUGCCUUGUUUGCUGCAAUUGUCACCGACUUUGACCUUGGGAACCCUCACCAGGUCAGAUCAUUGCGCGAGACACUGGAUUCGAUCAAGGAGCUUGCGAUGCAGCAAGAAAAUCUUCCUUUCGAUCCUUCGGGCACCGCCAAUCAUCACCUGGAUGUCGCCGACUUGGGAGCAAACUCAUCUGCGCGCACAUCAAGUCCAGGCCAAGACACACUCCCCACCAACACAGAUAGCACUAGCCAGGCAUCACACCUUCUUGCGGAUGAGAAUAACACGAAAGGCUCAAAUCUUCAAAAUCCUUCACGCACAGCAUACACGGUUGCGGCCGAUGGGUCCAUUCAACUUGUCGGGGGCAGCGAUGAAGACAAGGUGAAUAUGUUGGUGGAGAUGUUCCCAGAUCUUUCCUCGUUCAAUAUCGAGCAGAGUUUGAAAAAGAGCGGUGGGGACAUCGAUAAGUCGAUGGACAUCCUGCUAAACUUGUCUUUCUUUGAUCAAGCACAGACGGACGAAGAUUGUGUCGUCAUCCCUAAAGGACUUGAUGGGUUCCUGGAUGGAAAUCCCGACAUUGGCCGCCAGAAGGGACGAAAGAAAAAGCGCAACAAGAACCAUAAGGUCGCAUUUGGACCGGCAUCUUCUUCUGAAGAUGCACCUGUCACGAAUCUGUGGGAGACAGGAAAGACUGAUGUGGAGUUUAUUUGCUCGCGUACUCCUGACCUUUCCCGACACAGAGUCGCAUCCGCAUAUACUGCCAACAAUAGGUCUCUGUCUGCAACGAUAAAGGCCUUGGCUGUCGAGGAUGCGCCGAAGGAUGUUGGCGAGAUUGAAGAUGAUCCCGUUGUGCAGUCGCAGAUGAUCGAACUUGCCGGCGAUUACCCUAACCUUCCCCAAACUACCCUUGUUGGUUUGCUUCGAAUCACACGUAAUAUGAUCUCCGCCGCAAACGAGCUGGCAGCUGAGAUGAUUCGUCAUCCAUCCGCUGUCUCGGUAUCUGAAUUAGUCAAAAUCACCGUUCCAAAACUCAAUCUCGACGACGAGGCCGCUGUUGUGGAUACCCGAGGUCGCGCUAAAGAGAAUGUCCGCAGCACACUCGAUUAUGAAGAUGAACAAGUAGUUGCAAAUACUUAUUUCGCGGCAAGAUCUGUUGCAAACAUGCAAGCAGCACAGGCCGCCAGGAAGGCCAAGUCUGACCCCUUGUAUGGAGGUGCUUCGCAAUACUACCGCGAAGUUGCGCAGCAGCAGCGUGAGCUUGCAAUGCAGCAUCUCUCUGCAGCCUCUGAGCGGCUUGUGGAUCGACAAUCCUCGAAUGGGGACCUCGAUCUGCACGGUUGUCAGGUCCCUCACGCGAUUCGCAUCUCGCGGGAGCGUGUUGAUGCCUGGUGGGACGGGCUAGGAGACACCAAGUACGUGCGCGGCGGCGGCAAGCAUGUGCACGGCGGCUUCAAGAUUAUCACUGGCGUGGGGCUUCACAGUCGAGAUGGCACCUCCCGCCUUGGCCCUGCCGUGAGCAAGGCUCUGAUUAGCGACGGCUGGCGCGUGGAGAUUGGCCGAGGUUUCUUGACGGUCAUCGGUGUGGAUCGUCGGUGGAAAUAA